AUGGCCGCGGUCGAGCCGCAGCCGUUAGGCGGGGAGGCUGCGGACUACACCAACCUGCAACGGGUGAAGGUCUACCGCCUGAAUGAGAGCGGGCACUGGGACGACAAGGGGACGGGUCACGUGUCGUGCGAGUACAUGGAGCAAUCUGAUUCCGUCGGCCUCGUGGUCGUCUCGGAGGAGGACCAGCAGCCGUUGCUGGUGCACCGUAUCUCUAGGGAAGAUAUUUACCAGCGUCAAGGGGGGGACACGAUCAUCACCUGGACGGAUCCUGACAUUCACACCGACAUAGCGCUUAGCUUCCAGGAGGCGAUGGGGUGCAACUACAUCUGGGAACAGAUAAGCUCCGUACAACACACGUACAAGAAGAGCGACAUGGCUGCGCCGGACGACGGUUUUUAUCAGGAUUCUGGACGCGCGGGACCCUCGGAGCUGCCACCAGCGGAGCUCGGCAGUUUGGCUGAGCUGGUCAAGGUUGUCACCGAGUGCUCGCCAUUUGCACGCGAGAAGAUCGCCAACCUGGCGCUAAAGAAGGGUUACUUGCGUCAGCUCCUAGACCUAUUCAAGACGUGCGAGGAUUUGGACGACAUGGAGUCGCUGCACAUGAUGUACACCCUGGUGCGGGGCUUGGUGCUGCUCAACGACGCCAACCUGUUUGACGAGCUGCUCCGGGACGAGAACGUCUUCGAUGUCGUGGGUGCGCUCGAGUACGAUCCCGAGUACAGCGAAGCGGAGGAAACGGGUGGAGACGGGCAUCGCGCGUUCCUUCGGGACAGCGUCGUGUUCAAGGAGGUUGUCCCGAUUCAGGACCCGGCGAUUCGCGCUAAGAUCCACCAGACGUACCGCAUCGGGUACCUCAAGGACGUCAUCCUGCCCAGGGUGUUGGACGACGCAACGUUCGGCACCCUCACGUCCAUCAUGCUCUUCAACAACGUGGAGGUGGUGCUCGCGCUCCAGCAGGACCCGGCCUUUCUGAAGGAGCUGUUCAACCGGUUGAAAUCGACGCCGCGCGCGGACCCGGGAUGGGACGACCUGGUGGGCUUCCUCCAGGAGCUGUGCUCGCUCGCGAAGCACCUCCAGGUUCAGCAGCGCGGGUCACUAUUCGCCUCGCUCAUCCAGCACGGGUUGUUUUACGUGCUGACGGACGUGCUCAAGGCGGAGAGCGAGACGUCACAGCUCAAGGGGGCGGACGUGCUCAUGUCCACGCUGCACAACGACCCCAGCGCUCUGAGGGCGUUCCUUGUCAAGCAGGAAGAUCACGCGCUCUUCGAUCGAAUCGUCGAGCUGUUCGUCCAGGGCGAGGAGGGUCUCCAGGCGCAGCUGUUCGAGCUGCUAAAGUUGAUGCUGGACCCGGAGACGAUGGACCAGCCGGUGGAGAAGAGUGGAUUCCUCGAGCUGUUUUACGAUCACUACGUGGACAAGCUGGUGGCUUCCGUUGGCGCGGGGGCUACCAAGGAGGAGGACGCCGGGACGGAACCCACGCAAUCCGGUCUGAGGCCACUGGAUUCGUUCGUGCCCGCGUGGAACUUGGUCAAGACCAUCGAGCUGCUAUGCUUUUGCGUGCAACACCACAGCUUCAGGAUCAAGUACUACGUGCUCCGCAACAACGUGGUGGAGAAGGUGCUCAACCUGACCAAGCGCAGGGAGAAGUACCUGGUGGUUGCCGCCAUACGCUUCCUGCGGUCGUGCGUCGGCCUGAAGGACGAGUUCUACAAUAGGUACAUCAUCAAGAACAACCUUUUCGGACCCGUCAUGAAGGCGUUCGGGGAGAAUGGGGCGCGAUAUAACCUGCUCAACAGCUCGGUGCUGGAGCUCGUCGACUUUGUCCGGCGCGAAAACAUAAAGGGUCUCAUCGAGUACCUGGUGGUCACCUACGAUGAGCUCUUCUCCGGGGUCGAGUACGUCGACACGUUCAGGCUGCUGAAGCUGCGGUACCAGCAGGCGCAGCAGCCCAAGACGGCGGCGGGUGCCCCGGGGGGCCGCGAGACCGCCGCCGCCGCGCAGGCGAUGGAGGCGCACCGGCGGCGGCGCGACGGGUCCAUGGAUCAGAGCGAGGAGGACUACUUCAACACGGAUGACGAUGACGAGGAGGAGGAGGCGGUGGGACCGGCGCCGGCGGUGGACGACGAGCCCUUGGUUGGGCCGAGCCCGCCUUCGCUCUCGGCGCAGUUCAUUCCGAUGGCGGCGGAAUACGAGGCGGGUCUCGUCGGCAGCAAGCGUCCGCUCGUCGACGAGGAGUACGCAGGCGACGAUGACACGGGAAAGCGGAUAAAGCAGGACGACGGGGUCGAAGAAGAGGGUCUCACUGCGGCGCAGAGAAACGCGUUGACCGGAUUGAACGCCGAGCCAAACGUCGAGGUUGCAACGGAUCCAAACUCUGAGGGCGGUGAGGUUGAGCACAAGCCCACCUCGAAGCCUACCAGUAACUGGGUGUCCGUGGGGCAGGAAGAGCAAAAUCAGUAG